UAAGACAUGUUAUUCAACACCAAUUUUUAAACAGUUAAAAACCAGUUACCUUCCCAUUCAUUAUGGUAAGAAGACUACUGCGUAUCACGGAGCGACCGCCAAAGGGAUAAAUAAACGUCGUUGUGAAUUAUCUCCAAGAAGCAACAGUAUGCUUUUUUUCUUCUAAUUCCAAAUAUAUCAACCCUCUUCCGUCAUAGCAUUCUUUUGUUGCCAUUGUUGUUUUCUCAAUAAAAGCCGCCAAGAACAUUAAGUUAAUUGCCUCAAAUGCAUUACUGAAUUGGAUUGACUACCAAGUUAGCUACUUUUUCAUUUUCAAAUUCUCUGCAAAUCUCAGAAUUCGGUUCACUUAUGUUCUUUUUUAAACAACAUUCGAGAGGAAAAUUUAUCAACAAUUUGCCAUUUUGAUCGCUUGUUUCAUAUCGGGCCUAUGUUAUCAAAAAUUCAUUCUUGGAAUUAUUUAAAUAGAAAAGGCUUAUUUAAACCACAUAAGGACUUGGCAGAGUUCUAAAAAAGACGGGGUGAUUUAUGACAGUUCAGCAAAAGGUUCUUGCCCUCUCUCCCGCGCCGUCAUCUACAGCCGAAUUGCUGGUCAAACGGAGCUCCAUAGGAUCAUCCACGGCAACUACUGCUUCGAGUCCCGCGGCACCCUCCGUAUCUAAAAUUGAAGCAACCUCGUCUCCAAAGAGCACCUUACAGACAGAUGGCUUACAGACGGACAAAAAAGUGAAUGGGGAUGAAGAGCAAAACGAGACCCCAAGCAAUAGUCACCCGCUGUUGGGUUCUGUGGGACGAGAAGGGAGUGUGGACAGCUACGCCGAAGUAAGUUCGGCAGACGAGACUCUGGAACCGCUCACCCCUGCCACCUGUAACAACACCAACUUACUAGCUGAGGUGUCAUCAGAAAUAAUCAGUGAACUGCUUCUGCUGCGUCGCAACGAAGGCAUCCCCGACACAUUGGUAGGGCAGCACUUACUCAUCACCCUUCCAUCACCCAACCAAUCGCUCUCAGCCUCACAGCCAAACUCCCCGCCCCCCUCACAACAGAUAGCACCCAAGGACACCACGAAGAGGCAGAAUCAGGAGGGCCUUGACGCGAGUGUGUUCCGAGGCAAGCAGAUAUUUGAGAGUGCAGCGCACCCGUGUGGGUUGAGUGAGUUUGUGGGCAAGGAGGUACUGAGCAACAGUGCUAAUGUAGACCAUGUGCUGGUGGUGAAUGGAGGAACCCACAGACACAUGGCCAGACGCAACCGACACAUGUUCAACAGACACUUGCUUGAUACACUACUUGAGGCGAACAGAGACAUGAGGUGUGGCUGCGAGGAGACAGUUGCCAAAUUAGAAGCAGCAGAUGCUUUGGUGGAAUGUAUGGGCACCAAGUAUGGACCAAGUGGGCCAUACUUAACCAUGAUGCGCCACGUGGAUAUACACAACAAUGUGGCCAGCCAGCCCAUUGGAGUGUCGUUUCUCUCUGUUUUGUUCGAUUCUUCAGUGGGCGCUACAUCUGACCAGUCCAGCUUCGCAAUUUUGUACCAUCUUGUAAACCAAACCACACCUAAGUUGAAAGACUUCUUGUUGUUGGACCCUGCGAUGGCCGCCAAAGACUACCAGCUGCUGAAGACGGGCGCCAGGGUGGAGCUUGAGAGAGACUACAAUGCCCUCUCCGAUCUCAUGGACACAGUCGGACUAGCUGGAGGGCAGCAGGGAGAGACGGAGGGGAAGCAGCAGCAGUUAUGGAAGGCCCUGGCUGCUAUUUUGCACAUUGGCCAGAUCCAGUUUGUCAAGCAGGGAGGAUCCAAAGGGGGAACAAGUGGGAGCAGUGGAGGGGGUAAAGGGAGUGGAAAGGGAAAGGGAGCGACCACUUCAGCUGCCAAUAACGCAGAUAAAAGCUCCUCGUCCUCACCUACGGUUGAGGUCUCCAACCUUGAUUGUGUGUGGAAAGCGGAGAAGCUGUUGGGCAUCAGUGGAGAGAACGGAGGUCAAGUGGCAGCACUAUUUACACACUGCACUUCAGCGGUGGAUGGGGCGAGGGUUAGGAGGAGCGUGGUGAACAGACUUUACGAGAGAGUGUUCAACAAUCUAGUCGCGCAUAUCAAUCAACAGCUCAAGGUGAGGCAGAGCAAACUGGACUACGGACGUCUUUAUACAGUUUCUCUAGUCGAGGCACCGGUCGGAUUCACCCGACAGAGCGAGUCGGUCGGUGCCCUGCAGAGUAAUUUCCUGCAAGAUCUAUUUGUCGGGGUGAUGAACGAGGUGCUUCUACUGCAGAAACAGGCCCUCUACAUGGAGGAGGGACUGCAGUGGACCCCUGUAAACUUCAAUUGCCCCAAAAGAUAG